GAGGGGAACCUCUGCUGGCCUUUUCCAGCCACGCUGCCAGGUUCCAGAGCUGCCUUCCCCGGCUCCCUGGCCCCUGACCCCUGUUCCACCCUCAAGGCCAGCAGGCCCAGGGCUGCCUUCUCUGUGUCGAAUGGCACUCUCCUCCUCUUUGCUCUGAGGAUGACAUCCGGGGCCCACAUGGAUAACCCAUGAUAAUGGCCCACCUUUUGGCAGGUGAGAGAACAGUCACAGGUUCUGGGGAUUAGGACCUGACCGAUUUGCGGACCACUGUUUAGCCCAGCACAGGUAUGUCCACACAGACACAAUGUCAAUGUGGUCACACAGACACACACGCCCCCAUUUCUCCCGUCCACACACCACAUAUUCCACUCGCUGUCACUGGAACCACACGCUUGUGGUCACACGUAGUCCCGGGGCUUACAUGCAUGCUUCAUGUGCAAACCUCUGCCUGACAACCUGCUCAGGUCUGGUUUGGGGAGCUUCAGUUUGUCCCUGUCCCAGCAGCUCCUCGUGCCUGCUGCUAGCCUGCCUUCCCCGUAACACUGUGCACAUCCUCUGUUGUUCUCAGUGUCCCUCUACCUGAAAGCCCUUCCUCCCUCCUGCUUCGGGCUCUAACCUCUCUUGAGGCCUUGGCUGAAGGGCUCAUUCUGAGCCAGCCACCCCCUCCAUGCAGCCCACCUUGUUCUGCUGUGACCUGCUCACAGCCAUUCCUUGAUGCCACGCCCCAUGGGUUCUUGGGGAAUGUUAAUGGAAUAAAGGACUUGUAAGAAAUCAAAGGUCACCAAGCAGAGCACUUAAAAGGUGGCAGUGUGCCUGUGCCAUAGUGCCUGAGUUUGGGAGCUUGGUGACUGUCAGAAGGACAUCUCAGUGCUGAUUGAGCUGGGGUGUGCUGACCUGGGGAAUGGACCCGGCUGAACGACCCCCUAAGACUUGGCUCCAGGUCAGCCUGGGGAAGGGAUACCUCUCUGAUGCCUGCCUCUGCUCCUGAGAGAUAGAUCCAGGGAGGAGACUCCAUGGAUGGGCCCGAGGCCUCCUGCCCCAGCAUGGGGCCCCGCGCCGCCGUGGCCCGCGAGCUGCUCCUGGCCGCACUGGAGGACCUCAGCCAGGAGCAGCUGAAGCGCUUCCGCCACAAGCUCCGGGACUCGCUGGCGGACGGGCGCAGCAUCCCAUGGGGGCGGCUGGAGCUCGCGGACGCCGUGGACCUGGCCGAGCAGCUGACCAACUUCUACGGACCGGAGCCGGCGCUGGACGUGGCCCGCAAGACCCUGAAGCGGGCGGACGUGCGCGACGUGGCGGCGCGGCUCAAGGAGCAGCGGCUGCAGCGGCUCGGCCGCAGCUCCUCGGCGCUGCUCUCCUUGUCUGAGUACAAGAAGAAGUACCGGGAGCACGUGCUGCGGCAGCACGCCAAAGUGAAGGAGAGAAAUGCGCGCUCGGUGAAGAUCAGCAAGCGCUUCACCAAGCUGCUCAUCGCGGCCGAGAGCGGCGCCCUGGAGGAGGAGGCGCUGGGGCCGGCGGAGGCGCCCGAGCCGCAGCGCGCGCGCCGCUCGGACACACACACCUUCAGCCGGCUGUACCGCCGCGACAAGGAGGGCCAGCGGCCGCUGACCGUGGUGCUGCAGGGCCCGGCGGGCAUCGGCAAGACCAUGGCGGCCAAGAAAAUCCUGUACGACUGGGCGGCGGGCAAGCUCUACCAGAGCCAGGUGGACUUCGCCUUCUUCAUGCCGUGCGGCGAGCUGCUGGAGCGGCCUGGCGCGCGCAGCCUGGCCGACCUGAUCCUGGACCAGUGCCCAGACCGCGGUGCGCCGGUGCAGCAGAUGCUGGGGCAGCCGCAGCGGCUCCUCUUCAUCCUGGACGGCGCGGACGAGCUGCCGGCGCCGGACGCCCCCGAAGCCGCGCCCUGCACAGACCCCUUCGAGGCUACGAGCGGCGCGCGGGUGCUGUGCGGGCUGCUGAACAAGGCGCUGCUGCCCACGGCCCGCCUGCUGGUGACCGCGCGCGCCUCCGCCCCCGGGAGGCUGCAGGGCCGCCUGUGCUCCCCGCAGUGCGCCGAGGUUUGCGGCUUCUCCGACAAGGACAAGAAGAAGUAUUUCUACAAGUUCUUCCAGGACGAGUGGAGGGCCGAGCGCGCCUACCGCUUCGUGAAAGAGAACGAGACGUUGUUCGCGCUGUGCUUCGUGCCCUUCGUGUGCUGGAUCGUGUGCACCGUGCUGCGCCAGCAGCUGGAGCUCGGCCGGGACCUGUCUCGCACCUCCAAGACCACCACGGCCAUGUACCUGCUUUUCAUUGCCAGCGUGCUGAGCUCCGCUCCCGCCGCGGACCGGCCCCGCGUGCAGGGAGAGCUGCGCAAGCUGUGCCGCCUGGCCCGCGAGGGCGUCCUGGGGCACAGGGCUCAGUUCGCUGAGAAGGACCUGGAGCGACUGGAGCUUCGCGGCUCCAAAGUCCAGACACUGUUUCUCAGCAAGAAAGAGCUGCCCGGCGUGCUGGAGACCGAGGUCACCUACCAGUUCACCGACCAGAGCUUCCAGGAGUUCUUCGCAGCCCUCUCCUACCUGCUGGAGGACGAGGGGUCUCCCGGCGGAGAGGCUGGCGGCCUUGGGACGCUCCUGCGUGGGGACGCCCAGCUGCGCCACUACCUUGCGCUCACCACGCGCUUCCUCUUUGGACUACUGAGCGCGGAGCGGAUGCGCGACAUCGAGCACCACUUCGGCUGCGUGGUCUCGGAGAGAGUGAAGCAGCACGCCCUGCGGUGGGUGCAGGGGCAGGGCUGCCCCAGGGCGACACCAGAGGGGACCGAAGUGCUCGAGGACAAGGAAGAGCCAGAGGAGGAGGAGGAGGAGGAGGAGCUGAACUACCCGCUGGAGCUGCUGUACUGCCUGUACGAGUCGCAGGAGGAUGCCUUUGUGCGCCAGGCCCUGGGCAGCUUCCCCGAGCUGGCGCUGGAGCGUGUGAGCUUCAGCCGUAUGGACAUCGCUGUCCUGAGCUACUGCGUGAGGUGCUGCCCCACGGGACAGGCGCUUCGGCUGGUCAGCUGCAGACUGGCCGCUGCACAGAAGAGGAAGAAGAAGAGCCUGGUGAAGCGGCUGCAGGGCCACCUGGGCAGCAGCAGCAGUUCUCGAGCCACAACGAAACAACUCCCGCCCUCCUCACUGUGUCCACUCUUUGAGGCCAUGACUGACCAGCAGUGCGGUCUGACCAGCCUCACGUUUUCCCACUGCAAACUCCCGGACACGGUCUGCCGGGACCUCUCUGAGGCCCUGCGGGCAGCCCCUGCCCUGACGGAGCUGAGCCUCCUCCACUGCCGGCUCAGUGAGGUCGGCCUGCGUUUGCUGAGCGAGGGCCUGGCCUGGCCCCAGUGCCGGGUGCAGACGCUUAGGCUGCAGCUGCCUGGCCCCCAGGGAGCCCUCCAGUACCUGGUUGCCAUGCUCCGGCAGAGCCCCGCCCUGACCACUCUGGAUCUCAGUGGCUGUCAGCUGCCCGGCUCCAUGGUGACCUACCUGUGUGCCGUCCUGCAGCACCCAGCGUGCAGCCUGCAGACCCUCAGCCUGACCUCCGUGGAGCUGAGUGAGGGGUCCGUGCAGGAGCUUCAGGCUGUGAAGACAGAAAAGCCAGAUCUGGUCAUCAUGCAUCCAGCGCUGGACAGCCGCCCCGAGCCACACUCGGGAGUCACCAGUGCCCUCUGAGGCUCUGGACAGCCACCCUGAGCCACCCUUGGGAGUCACCAGUGCCCUCUGAGGCUCAGGACAGCCGCCCCGGGCCCCCGCCGGACUCAGGGUGCCCUCUGAGGCUCAGGACAGCCGCCCCGGGCCCCCGCCGGACUCAGGGUGCCCUCUGAGGCUCAGGACAGCCACCCCGGGCCCCCGCCGGACUCAGGGUGCCCUCUGAGGCUCAGAACAGCCGGCCCGGGCCCCCGCCGGACUCAGGGUGCCCUCUGAGGCUCUGGACAGCCGCCCCGGGCCCCCGCCGGACUCAGGGUGCCCUCUGAGGCUCUGGACAGCC